AUGCCCUUUAAAUUCACAAAACCAUGGACGGUGAACGUGGACACUAGGGACCACGACCCAUCCCAAACCCAAAUUUCCAAACUACGCAUUUCUUCUAGUGAUCUGUCAACACCCGACAUAAUCAUAGCACCGAGAUACCCACAAUAUUCCACCAGCUUCAUAUUAUUUCUUCUAGUGGGAAUGUCACUUGGGGGCGCAGGAAUAAGAGAGGAACCAAACUUCUCAAUAGAAAAGUCGAAAGACACGAUAUACAGGGAUCAGGGUAAUUGUAAUUUAACCAGUAAUAAGUGCCGUUUACGUGAACAGUCGAGUGUCGUGGCAUACAUAAAGGAUGAACGACGCUGA